GUUCUUAACAUCAGAAUUCGUAAUUAAUCAAGUACGUGCAAACGGGUCCGGACACACUCAGAUUAUAAAAGGAGAAGCGCAAUCUUGCCAUACUUAUCGUUUCUCAGAUAUUUACGCCCCCCACUUGCUAUAGUUUUCUCUGAUUCUUUUUCCAUAUAUCUUCCGAUCGAGUUUUAAAAAUUACGUAGUACUAAGAAACAUGACAUUCUAACCUAGUAUUCAGUUGCACUUCUACAUCUACCUCUCGCUCCUUCCCGGGGUUGUUGCUAUAUGUUAAAGCAAGCCCUUUUAUGUAAUCAAAUUCCAUUCAAGUAAGAUUGUACAAGCACAGGACUGGUCUGGUGUAAUUAGGAGAGAAUUGAGAGAUGCAGAAUCAGGACGGGCUUCUGGCCGACGCAGAAGUGGAAGGAAUAACCUCCAAUCAGGCAUCCAAUGUUGAUGAUUGGGAAAAUUUCAGGGACGAUGCUAUUAUGCAGCAGCAAUCGUCAAUUUGGGCUGAGGAAGCUGAGAAAAUUCCUUUCGUAGGUGAUAAGGAACCUCUCUCUUCAUUAGCUGCUGAGUAUCAGUCAGGAAGCCCUAUUUUACUGGAGAAGAUAAAGUUGCUUACGGAAGAAUUCGCUGCCAUUAGACGAACACGUGGAGAUGGUAACUGCUUCUUUCGAAGCUUUAUGUUCUCCUACCUGGAGCGUAUUUUGGAAUCACAAGACCAAGAAGAAGUUCAUCGCAUUACAGGCAAUGUAGAAAAUUGCAGGAGGACACUUCAGAGUUUGGGUUAUGCAGACUUUACCUUCGAAGACUUUUUCGCGCUAUUUCUCGAGCAGCUGGAAAGUGUUCUUCAAGGAAAUAAGGAAUCAAUUAGUCAUGAUGAACUUAUACAGAGGAGUCGAGAUCAGUCAGUAUCGGAUUACAUUGUGAUGUUCUUCAGAUUUGUUACUUCUGGUGAAAUUCGCAAGCGCUCUGAGUUCUUUGAGCCAUUUAUUCUGGGAUUAACAAAUGCAACAGUAGAGCAGUUUUGCAAGUCAUCAGUGGAACCAAUGGGUGAAGAGAGUGAUCAUGUGCACAUUACUGCUCUGUCAGAUGCACUGGGUGUGCCAAUCCGUGUUGUAUAUCUUGACCGCAGCUCGUGUGAUGCUGGUGGUGUCAGCGUAAAUCAUCACGAUUUCAUUCCUAAUCCUCCUAGUGGUGGUGAUCUACCCCUUGCUGCUGCUACAGCUACAGCUGCAGGUGGUAGCGGCGGUUCUGAAACCAUCAAACCGUUUAUCACCUUGCUAUACAGACCCGGUCACUACGACAUUCUCUAUCCGAAGUGACUCUUGCCUUUUCUGGCUGACGAUAAGUAGCUGGGAAAGAGGCCUAGUCUCCCGAGCAAGUUUGAUAAACUCACAGGAUAGCUGGGGGAUUUCAGGGUCAACUUUAGCUUUUCCAAUUAAGGAUUGUAACAAUCCAUAUACAUGAACAAUAAUGUUUUUCAGACAUUUCAGUUAUUUUUCCGACGAA